AUGAAAAAUCAAGACAUCGUUGGUGAGGCUUUGGCCUCUGUCCUCCCACAAUAUGAUCGACCUUGGUACCGUGUACCUCACCUAUUACAGCUCAACCUCAUUCUGCUUAUUCCAUUGCUAUCCUCGUCAGUAGCUGGAUAUGAUGGCUCUCUCAUGAACGCUCUUCAAUCCAUUGGCGAAUGGAAAGACUACUUUGGUAACCCUUCCGGCUCAGUUCUGGGGGUAGUGAAUGCCGCCCAGUCCAUCGGAAGUGUGCUUUCCCUACCCUUUGUGGGUGUCUUAUCCGACCAGAUUGGAAGACGUUUGACCUUGCUGUCAGGUGCAAUCGUGGUCAUUCUUGCCUCAAUCAUUCAAGCAGCUUCGGUUCAAUACGGAAUGUUCGUCUUUUCUCGCGUGCUCGUUGGUGUUGGCUCAAUGCUGGUCGUACAGCCUUCGCCUAUGCUCAUCACUGAACUAGCAUAUCCAACGCACCGAGGGAAAUACACAAGUGCCUUCUGGACUAUGUACUAUCUUGGUGCUAUUUUGGCGUCGUGGGCCUCAUAUGGGACACAAAAACACCUUGUUCAAACCAACUGGAGUUGGAGAGUUCCGUCAAUCGUCCAAGCUGGAUUUCCUAUCGUCCAAAUUAUGUUCUGGUGGUUCGUCCCAGAAUCACCAAGAUGGUUGAUUGCCAAUGGAAAACCGCAACAAGCCGAACAACUGCUAGCUCAAUAUCAUACGGCCGGCGAUACUUCCCACCCCUUGAUUCAAUUCGAGAUGGCUGAGAUUAGGCGUACUAUCGAGAUGGAGAGCCGAGCUAGUGAGACCAAAUGGGCAGCGCUUAUCAAGACUCCUGGAAACCGUAAGCGCACCUUCGUCGCAGUCAGUAUCGGCGCCUUUGCCCAGUGGAACGGAGUUGCGGUCGUAUCUUAUUAUCUCACACUUGUUCUCGACACGGUCGGGAUCAGAGAUUCGAGCACUCAAACACUGAUCAAUGGCUUGCUCCAAAUUUUCAACUUCAUUGCGGCAGGUAGUGCCGCUAUGCUUGUGGACCGAUUGGGUCGCCGCACCUUAUUUCUUUGGUCGGCUGCCGGCAUGCUUAUAUCCUUCGUUAUCUGGACUGCCUGCUCGGCCGUGUUUGACAGCACCCAGGCCAAGUCCCUCGGUAACGCUGUGAUUGCUUUUGUUUUCAUUUUCUUCUUCCACUACGAUAUUGCCUACACGCCUUUGCUAUUGGGUUACCCAACUGAGAUCUUCCCGUACUCUACCAGAAGUAAGGGACUGACAGUUGAAUUACUGAGUGUAUACAGCUCUCUGAUUAUUCUGGCAUUUGUCAACCCAAUUGCUCUUGACAAUAUCGGCUGGCGUUAUUACAUAUUUUUCUGUUGUUUUGAUGUCGUGGUUUUGGUUGUGACUUGGUUUGCAUUUCCCGAGACCAAAGGUUAUUCUCUCGAAGAAAUCGCUGAAGUUUUCGACGGACCGUCGCCUGCUACAAAUGGCGAGGUUUUCGCCAAAGGCGACGACGCGGUUGGGAAAGGCGAACAUACUGAGCACGCUGCAUGA